AUGGUUGUCCCCAACGCAUCAAAUACUCGCCAACGACAUGUGCCACCAAGUGGUCGAUUCGAACAGACAAUUGCUCUUGCCGCCACUGGACAUCUCAAAAUUGGCAACUUCAUUAUCAAAGAGACAAUCGGAAAAGGAGCGUUCGGUGCUGUCAAAAAAGGAACUCACAUUCAAACAGGCUACGAUGUCGCUAUCAAAAUUCUGAAUCGUGCAAGAAUGAAGGGACUGGGUACAGUUAUAAAAACACGCAAUGAGAUUGAUAAUCUCCAAAAACUCUCCCAUCCACACAUCACUCGUCUCUUCCGUGUUAUCAGUACUCCAUCCGAUAUAUUUCUUGUUAUGGAACUCGUCUCUGGAGGAGAAUUAUUCAGUUAUAUCACACGAAAAGGUUCGCUGUCCAUCAAGGAAAGCCGUCGUUAUUUCCAGCAAAUAAUCUCUGGAGUCAGCUAUUGUCACAAGCAUAUGAUCGUUCAUCGUGACUUGAAACCAGAAAACUUGCUCCUCGACAGCAACAAGAACAUCAAAAUUGCCGAUUUCGGGCUCUCAAAUUACAUGACAGACGGGGAUCUCCUCUCAACUUCAUGCGGAUCUCCUAAUUAUGCUGCACCCGAACUAAUUUCGAAUAAGUUAUAUGUUGGACCAGAAGUUGAUUUAUGGUCAUGUGGAGUUAUACUUUAUGCAAUGCUCUGUGGAACUCUUCCGUUUGAUGACCAACAUGUUCCCACAUUGUUCUCGAAAAUUAAAAGCGGCCGUUACGUUGUCCCGUAUUCAAUGGAGAAACCAGCAGCUGACUUGAUUUCAAAAAUGCUUCAAGUUGAUCCAGUGAAACGAGCCGAUGUAAAAAUGAUUGUGAACCAUGGCUGGUUUCAAGUGGAUCUUCCGUAUUACUUGUUCCCGGAGUGCGAAAAUGAGUCGUCGAUUGUAGAUAUUGAUGUAGUCCAAUGUGUUGCUGAUAAAUACGACGUAAAAGAAGAAGACGUUACUGGAGCCCUCCUUGCUGAAGAUCAUCAUCAUUUCCUUUCAAUCGCCUAUCGUCUCGAAGUGAAUCACAAAAGAAAUGCAGACGAAUUGUCACAAAAAGCAAUGGAAGACUUUUGGGAAAUAGGAAAAACUAUGAAAAUGGGAAGUUCUUCGUUGCCAGUCAACAGUAAACCAAAUGUCGGUCGAAAAAUCUUGGAAGGACUCAAGAAAGAGCAGAAAAGAAUGACCUGGAAUCUUGGAAUUCGUGCUUGUCUCGAUCCAGUCGAGACAAUGAAACAUGUCUUUUUGAGUCUUCAAGCAGUUGAUAUGGAAUGGAAAAUACUCAGUGUAUUUCAUAUUAUUGUUAGAUGCAAACCAACUCCAACGAAUCCUGAUCCAGUCAAAGUUUCAUUGCAAUUGUUCUCACUUGACAAAGAGAAACAUGGAGGAUAUCUGUUGGAUUUCAAGGGGUUGACAGAAGACGAAGAAGCAAACACACCCAGUCGUUGCCGUUCCCGUGCUGGUUCCGUUUCAGUCGUCAGACCAAAAAGUGAUGUAAAUGGAAAUAAUCCCAAGCCAACGUUCGCAACUCCACUCACUUCUCCACUCUUGUCUCCAGCUACUCCAUCUAUCAACAUCCCAAAAGUCCGUGUCGAUGAUACUGACGCCUCACUCAAAUCAUCAGUCAACAGCACUUACUACAUGGGUGAUAUUGAGUUACAGAACUCGAUUGAAUCUCUCGAUGAAAUCUCGACGCAAUCUUCCGAAGCCGACGCCGUCGUUCGUUCUCAAACUAUGGAAUUCUUCGCCACCUGCCACAUCAUAAUGAAGGCGUUGCUCGCUGAAUGA